UAGCAGUUCUAUUCAUUGGGGAAUGUGGAUCAGGAAAAAGUACUACGAUUAACACUAUCUUGGGAGAAGAUGUAUGUGAAGCGGGGAUUACAUUGGUUAAGAAUGGGAUAACAAAAGAAGUUAAAGCUUACCCUGGUAUACUGCGGAAAAGGAUUCCAGCAGAGGAAGAAUGCAGUCAUGAAGAUUCUAAUGACCAUAAAGCAGAAAUUGAUGAGGAUCUUAGCAAAGAGGGAAAAUCCGAGGAUAAUGAAGACAAUCAGAAUGAUGUAGAAAAUAAAGGCAGUGCGAAAGACAAUGACCACAGAGUGGAUAAGGACAAGAACCAGAAAAGUGGAAAUGAAAUCAAUCGGGAAACCGAGGGAAAUAAAAAUGAACGGACUGUUACGCAAUUGUCUGAUAUACAAGCUUCUGAUAAAGAUAUAACAACUGGGAAAGUUGGAGAUUUGGAGCCGAAGUCUUCAGAUGAUACAACAAAAUCAGACAAUCUAUCUUCUGUGGAAAGUGAUUCAAGAAAACAUCCUCGAGGAAAAGAUAACGACAGAAAGCGGAAAUCUUCACGAGAGACAUCAGGAAAAGCUCGAAAUUUAAGACCAAAGUCUUCAAAUGAGGAAAAAUGCAGUGAUGAAGAUUCUAAAGACCAAACUAACCGUAAAGCAGGAAUGGAUGAGGAUGUUAGCAAAGACGGAAACUCCGAGGAUAUUGAAGACAAUCAGAAUGAUGUAGAAAAUAAAGGCAAUACGAAAGACAAAGAUCACGAUGUGCAUAAGGACAAGAACCAGAAUAAAGGAAAUAAAAUCAACCAGAAAACCGAGGGAAAUAGAAAUGAACCGAAUGAUACGCAAUUGUCUGACAUGCAAGGUGCGGAAGAUGAUAUGCCAUCAAAACAAAAACACGACAAAUGGCGGUACGAAGAAAUACCAGUAACACUUUAUGAUACGCCUCUUUUUGACGAAGUCCUUGGGGAUAAAAGCAUUAACAGUCGGGGAUUUCACGCUAUUGGACUGUUGUUACCGUUGACUAGACUUACAGAGGAAAGAAAAAAGUUCUUCAAGCAAGUAUCAGAAGCCUUUGAUGGAAAGCUUUCGCAAUAUACUAUAAUAAUAUUCACCCACAGUGAAAACCAAGGAGGAAUAGACGAAAUUAAGAAGGAAGUAAACCUCGCUAAUGACAAACACUUAAAUGACUUGAUAACAAAGUCAGGGGAUAGGUGCGUUUUAUUUGAUCCAACUAGAAAUAAAGAUGAAAUGGCUUUGGAAUUUACGGAAAAAUUGAUGGAUGUGGUUGAUAAUACAAGCCACGAACAGAUUCAUCUACAAAAAGAGUCCUUCGGAAAAGUAAUGUUUAAAAGACUACGACUCACGUAGCUGUUUAUGAAGUGAAGCUGGGGACAAUACAUGUACAUAAUUAAAUCUUCAUAAACUGUAAACCCGAUACAUUUACUUUUUUGAUUUUAACAAUAAGUAACACGUGUAAAUUAUGAAAUAUCGCAUGACUUGCAAAGUUCAUUUUCAAAGCACUAAAGUAAAACAUAUAUAUGCAUGUAAAUAUUUGUUGCAAUCUUUAAGACCGCCGAAUAUCAAGUGGCAAGAGGUGAGAUAUACAUUACCUACAUGCACCAUAAAUAAAUAUUCACAUAAGCAUUUUACAUAUUUGGCAUGAAAUAUAUUAAAUAUAAUGAAAAGGAGCUGAUUUCACUGUGUAUAACUUUCAAUUAAAGCGUCGAUAGAUCUUUUCAUUCCGAGCUGGUGUUAGCGCAAUGCAUUGUGACGUCAAACGUUUUGUCUAUAACGGAUGAAAAGCAUGAGUGCUGUGCAUUUCCUUUCUUGCCAAUUAAUGUUUGGCGGUCUUAAUCAAAAGAAUUUUUUGUUAUCAUAAACUACUAUUUACAGCAUUUAGCUAUAACCAUGCGAUUAUUGAUUAGCCAAUGACUGAACAGAGCUCCAAUACGGAUGGAUCUAAAAACCCACAUUCGAUUUGUCGUACAUUUUAUUUAGUAAAAUGAAUAAAUAUCUUUUACAAAAAAUAUUUUGCUGAUUCAUAGGAUA